AUAUAAUGUUGUUGUAGUUUUUUUUUGUAUAAAAUAAAAAAUUCUUUAUCGUGACAGUGAAAUAUCAACGAACAUUUUCUAUCUCUUCCUUCUGGAUUUUUGUUGCAUUGUUAAUUCCUAUAUUUUCAAUAAAUUGUAAACGGAUAAUGUCGAUCUUCAUCACAAUAAAAAAGCGAGUCGGGCAUCGUUCUUUCUUCGAUCAAAUUGUUUUUAUCAAGUAAAAAGUCUCAAUUUAAUCAUGCUGAUGAGUCAACAAAACAUUCUGAAUUUGUAAUUUUCAUGAAUAUUGAUUUUAAACGAUCAAGUGAAUUCAUCCAUCGAGUGAAUAUAUACACAAAUAAACAAUUCAUUUCAAAAGUUAAUUUUAUGAAUCGUGUUUUGUGAGCGUUCAUGUGUUUCAGUAAAUCAUUUAAUAUGUAGUUUACUGGUUUUAAGCUUGUUUUGAUAAAUCCACUUAUGAAGAAUAAAAAAAACGAGAUAAAAUGGACUUGAUAUUUAAUUGAUUGUUGUUUAUGCCAUCUCUAUAUAUUCCUAUAAAGAACAUUUUUUUUUAUCAAGUUGAAUAUUUGGCGCAAGUGUAUGAAAGAAAAAUGCACUUCAAUAUCCCGGACACUCAACAGUUUAUCUGCAAUAAUACCGGUGCAAAUUUCACUGGCUUCAAUAUUCACAUAAACGGAUGCUUCCAUUGUUGUCUGCGAUACAAACAAAUUCAUUGCUUACACGAGCAAUUGAAAAGAUGUCUACCCGGAUUCAUACUUCCUCCAUUUCCAUCGAAAAAAUUUCUUCCGCUCACACAAAAUCAAUUGGAAAAUCGGCGAUCCCAUUUAGAACGUUAUAUUCAACUUGUUGGCCAAGAUCCAGUCUUUUCAAAAUGUGAACUAUUGCGCAUUUUUUUACUGAAUGCCCAACAAGAAUCAGCGCAAAUUCAAUCGCAUGAAGUAACAAUAGACGUUUACUUGAUGAAUGGAUAUCGAAUCGAAGUGUCUUGUUAUACGACCGAUUGUACUAGCAAAGUACUGGAAAAAGCCGCCAAAAAAAUCGAUUUGGCACCACAGUUUUUGGACUAUUUUACACUGUAUUUGAUGCGAACCGAACAAAAUGGUGAAACCACAUUGAUUCGACGAUUGAUGGAUUUUGAGGCACCAUAUAUUACGCAAAAAGUUCUAAAUGAUUGUCAAAUUGUUAUCAGAAAAAGCUAUUGGGAUUGCAUAUAUGAUCAAGCGUUGUUUAGCAACAGUGUUGCACUAAAUUUGCUCUAUAUACUAACAUUAAAUGAUGUAAAUCGCGGCUGGGUUCUGAGCAGUUCCGAGAUUCGUGAACAAUUGCAUGAACUACAAAUGAAUGGGAACAAAAAAGAAUAUUUAAACAUAGCGAGAAAGUUACCAUCGUAUGGAAGUAUAAAAUUUUUGAAUGCAACAGCCGAUUUUCCAUAUGUAAAUAAUCGUGUGAAUAUUUUAAUUGGCAAUAAGGAAUUAUCCAUACAAAGUAAUAGUAAUGAUGGUAAAUGCGAGGAAACUAAAUUUAAAAUAACUCGCAUGCGUUGUUGGAGAAUCACAACAAAUUAUGAUAAUGAUGGUAAGUCGUCUUCGUUAGCGGCUGACAGUGGAUCACAUAGCAGUAAUAUUACAAAAUGUACAACCAUGGAACUUUCAUUUGAAUAUUUAAUGGCAAAAAAUACGUUACAAUGGAUCACGAUAACAAGUGAUUGCAAUGCAGCAAUGCUCAUAUCAGUUUGUUUACAAAGUAUCGUUGAUGAAUUGUUAAAUCAAAGGGAUGGUCAUGAUCUACGACAGAACAUUGACUCGGAACAGCCAAACCAGCGGUCGCAACCACAAUCCUUACCAGUGCUAACUUACAUUCGGCGUGAUGGUCAAAUGUGCAAAAAACCAAAACCAAAAGAAGAUAACGAACGAAUUUCGUCGACAAACUCAAAUGAAACACUCUCUACUUUGACGGAAGGCGACGUCCCACAACAUGUGACAACUGAAUCGUUUUCAUUUCGCAAAAAAUUAAAAGAAAAAUUAUCAGCAAACACAACAGUUUUCUUCCGCAAUGGUAAAGACUCUUCCGUUCAUAAUGAUGCAUUCGAAGAAAUCGGCGAUGAUGAUCUGUAGUUCAUUUAUCAUCAUGAUUAAAUAUUGUAUUGGAAUUUUAGUUUGACGACAAAAAAAAAUAUAUAUCAAUUUAGUUUUAUAAUUGAAACAAAAAGCAAUUGUGAUUCACAAUUGGUGAAUUUGGGGUGAAAUUAACAUUUUUGUUAUAUUUUUUAUUGUUUAUUUUUAAUGAUUUGACAUGACAACUGCUAUACGUAUGAUGAAUGUUUAAAGAGUGAAAUAAAAUCGAUGAAAAUCUUUUCAAAGCAAUCAUAUCAAAUGUCAUCCGAAUGACAUAUUGCAAUUAACUUUGCCAAUGCAUUGUUAAUCAUUUCAAUUUGGAUCAUUGAAAUACUAACAACAUUUUACUAACGUAUACUGAUGAAAAAAUUGCAAUCCAACAAUACUUGCCAAAAAUGAACUAAAUUUUCUAACUAAUUUUUCAAAAUUAACUCUUCAACUCCAACUUUUUAUUAUAAAAUUACAAUCCUUUUUGAUUGGAAAAUACACUUGAAUCAGUUCUCUCAGAAAAUUUAUCUGAUAUUAUUUAAGUACAUACCAUUGAAUUAGGUGCUGAGCAGAGAUCGAAAGGAUGGAAAAUGUAUUAUUAAAUUACCAACUUUUUUAUAUUUUUGUGUA